UCCCGGGCAGUAACUCCUGCAAGAGCAGAGGCAACUUUUCUCUCUCUCUCUCUCUCUCUCUCUCUCUCUCUCUCUCUGGCUGUCUUCAGCCCACCCUGACCCCUGCCCUCGCUCGAUGGUGACACGCAGGCCGGGGACAUGAGGCUGGCCCACGCUCUGCUUCCCCUGCUGCUGCAGGCCUGCUGGGCCACCGCGCAGGACCUCCCGGCAGCCGAGAGGGCCAUUGCCUUCCAAGACUGCCCCGUGGACCUCUUCUUCGUGCUGGACACCUCCGAGAGCGUGGCCUUGCGGCUAAAGCCCUAUGGGGCCCUGGUGGACAAGGUCAAGGCCUUCACCAAGCGCUUCAUCGACAACCUGAAAGACAGGUACUACCGCUGCGACCGCAACCUGGUGUGGAACGCAGGUGCGCUGCACUACAGCGACGAGGUGGAGAUCAUCCGCGGGCUCACGCGCAUGCCCAGCGGCCGCGACGCGCUCAAGGCCAGCGUGGAUGCGGUCAAGUACUUCGGCAAGGGCACCUACACGGACUGCGCCAUCAAGAAGGGGCUGGAGGAGCUGCUGGUGGGGGGCUCCCACCUGAAGGAGAACAAGUACCUGAUUGUGGUGACCGAUGGGCACCCCCUGGAGGGCUACAAGGAGCCAUGCGGGGGCCUGGAGGAUGCUGUGAACGAGGCCAAGCACCUGGGCAUCAAAGUCUUCUCAGUGGCCAUCACGCCCGACCACCUGGAGCCACGGCUGAGCAUCAUCGCCACAGACCACACGUACCGGCGCAACUUCACGGCGGCGGACUGGGGGCAGAGCCGCGACGCGGAGGAGGUCAUCAGCCAGACCAUCGACACCAUCACCGACAUGAUUAAAAAUAAUGUGGAACAAGUGUGCUGCUCCUUCGAGUGCCAGCCCGCCAGAGGACCUCCCGGACCACGGGGUGACCCAGGGUACGAGGGAGAACGAGGGAAGCCAGGUCUCCCAGGAGAGAAAGGAGAAGCCGGAGACCCCGGAAGGCCCGGCGACCUGGGGCCCGUUGGCUACCAGGGGAUGAAGGGAGAAAAGGGAAGCCGAGGGGAGAAGGGCUCCAGGGGACCCAAAGGUUACAAGGGCGAGAAGGGCAAGCGCGGCAUCGACGGUGUGGACGGCAUGAAGGGGGAGAUGGGGUACCCUGGCCUGCCAGGCUGCAAGGGCUCGCCUGGAUUCGAUGGUGUCCAAGGACCCCCGGGGCCCAAGGGUGACGCGGGCGCAUUCGGACUGAAGGGAGAAAAGGGUGAGCCUGGAGCCGAUGGGGAGCCUGGGAGGCCAGGGAGCACAGGGAGCCCCGGAGAUGAGGGAAACCCCGGAGAGCCUGGUCCCCCAGGAGAGAAGGGCGAGGCCGGCGACGAGGGCAACGCAGGCCCAGACGGCCCCCCCGGAGAUAGGGGCGGCCCUGGGGAGAGAGGACCACGGGGGACCCCAGGCGUGCGCGGCCCGCGAGGAGACCCAGGUGAAGCUGGACCCCCAGGUGACCAGGGACGAGAAGGCCCUGUCGGUGUCUCCGGAGACCCGGGUGACGCAGGCCCUGUUGGACCUAAAGGGUACCGAGGAGACGAGGGGCCCCCGGGGCUUGAGGGUCCCAGAGGUGCCCCAGGGCCUGCAGGACCCCCCGGAGACCCCGGACUGAUGGGUGAAAGGGGUGAAGAUGGCCCCCCCGGAAAUGGCACUGAAGGCUUCCCCGGCUUCCCUGGCUAUCCGGGCAGCAGGGGCCCUCCCGGGAUAAACGGCACUAAAGGCUACCCUGGCCUCAAGGGGGACGAGGGAGAAGCUGGAGACCCCGGAGAGGACAACAACGACGUUUCACCCCGAGGUGUCAAAGGCGCAAAGGGGUACCGGGGCCCCGAAGGCCCCCAGGGACCCCCGGGACACACGGGACCGCCGGGACCGGAUGAAUGCGAGAUUUUGGACAUCAUCAUGAAAAUGUGCUCUUGCUGUGAGUGCAAGUGCGGCCCCAUCGACAUCCUGUUCGUGCUGGACAGCUCCGAGAGCAUCGGGCUGCAGAACUUCGAGAUCGCCAAGGACUUCAUCAUCAAGGUCAUCGACCGGCUGAGCCGGGACGAGCUGGUCAAGUUCGAGCCCGGACAGUCGCAUGCGGGCGUGGUGCAGUACAGCCACAACCAGAUGCAGGAGCACGUGGACCUGAGGAACCCCAACAUCAGGAACGCCCAGGAGCUCAAGGAAGCCAUCAAGAAGCUGAAGUGGAUGGCGGGCGGCACGUUCACUGGCGAGGCCCUGCAGUACACCCGGGAUCGACUCCUGCCACCCACUCAGAACAACCGGAUCGCCCUGGUCAUCACAGACGGCCGCUCGGACACCCAGAGGGACACCACACCCCUCAGCGUGCUCUGCGGCCCUGACAUUCAGGUGGUCUCCGUGGGCAUCAAGGACGUGUUCGGCUUCGUCGCGGGCUCUGACCAGCUCAACGUGAUUUCCUGCCAAGGCCUGGUCUCCCAGGGCCGGCCGGGGCUCUCGCUGGUCAAAGAGAACUACGCCGAGCUGCUGGAGGACGCCUUCCUGAAGAACAUCACCACCCAGAUCUGCAUAGACAAGAAAUGCCCAGACUACACCUGCCCGAUCACGUUCUCCUCCCCCGCCGACAUCACCAUCCUGCUGGACGGCUCGGCCAGCGUGGGCAGCCACAACUUCGAGACCACCAAGCGCUUCGCCAAGCGGCUGGCCGAGCGCUUCCUGACGGCGGGCCAGGCGGCCGCGGCCCACGACGUGCGCGUGGCCGUGGUGCAGUACAGCGGCACCGGGCAGCAGCAGCCGGAGCGCGCCGCCCUGCAGUUCCUGCAGAACUACACCGUGCUGGCCAGCACCGUGGACGCCAUGGACUUCUUCAACGACGCCACCGACGUCAACGACGCCCUCCGCUACGUGACCCGCUUCUACCGCGAGGCCUCGCCGGGCGCCGCCAAGAAGAGGCUGCUGCUCUUCUCCGACGGCAACUCGCAGGGGGCCACGGCGGCCGCCAUCGAGAAGGCCGUGCAGGAGGCCCAGCGGGCGGGCAUCGAGGUCUUCGUGGUGGUGGUGGGCCAGCAGGUGAACGAGCCGCACGUCCGCGUCCUGGUCACCGGCAAGACGGCCGAGUACGACGUGGCCUUCGGCGAGCGCCACCUGUUCCGCGUGCCCAGCUACCAGGCCCUGCUGCGGGGCGUCUUCUACCAGACGGUGUCCAGGAAGGUGGCCCAGGGCUAGCCGGCCCCCCCAAACUGAAACAAAGUGAAAUGUGACGUAGAUCUUCCUGACCGACCCGAUUAGCUAGGUCUUUUUAAAGGAAAAGCUUGAAAAGCUGCCAUGCGAGCGGGGUCCUGCCACCUCCCCCCCGCACCUGAACCCGAGUUAACAUCCCAGACCUCCCGCAGGCUCCCGCCCCAGCCCGUCAGGACCCCGAGACCUCACUUCUCUGGGGUGUCAGUUGCCCGCUGCCCCCAAUCCCUUCAGUAACCCUACACAUCCCUCCACGUAACAUCUCAUUUACACUAAAGUCAAAGCCACUACUCAGUUCUCGGGAGAUGACGGACUGCGUUUCGCCUGGGCAGCCAGGGUUGAGAGGACUUCUUAAACCCGUCCUCGGAGGGUCGCGUCACUCGUCGCCUGGGCCUCGGCUCCCGAGUCUCAGCCCGAGGGCUCGGGGCAGCGCGCCAACGCUGCCCAGCAUCUCCAGGGAGCAGCAUUCAGUAGUGUCUCCUUGACCCCGUGUCCUGGCAAACCCCAAGAACAAAGGUGCUAUCCCAUCGACCCCCCCCCGCCACACCCAUGUACGGCGAGGCCUGGCAGCCGGGCCACCCGGUGAUGUGCCCAAGCUCUCUCCUCAGGGGAGUGAGUGGUUCUGCAUCUUACUGAAGACCCUCUUUAUUGGUUCGUUUUAUUUUUUACUCCUUCCUGUGUUUUUCUCAACUGUGUUCCUCUCAGCAAAGUUUCCAAAUAAAAGUUUCACUCUUC